AUGUGGUCCAAAGGUCCAUUCCAUCGCUCGAAGAAUCCGUCCAUUGGCAACCCCACAUUGGUCGAUAGGGCAGCCGUGGAGAACAGGUUUCCCUCUGUCAAGGAUCUACCGUCUCUGCCCAAUGGUUCGUCACUGCCAGCGCAUGAUGACAUGACCAGACGACACUCGGACGUUUCGCCCUUGGUGUCGCCCAACUUGUAUCCUACCGACCACCGAAGCAGCGUCAGCAUCUCGCCCAUCGAAGAAACAGCACCUCCAUUCUUUCACGAGCGCAAAGUCUCCCAGAACACCCCUCUUGCCGCGAAACCAGUUCCCCCGCCGCCUGCAGAGAAGCCUAUCCGACUAGUCAAACGCGACCAGCCCACUCGCUGGGACGUUUACUCGGGCGAGCCGACCAACAACGACGCAGGCAAAGCGGGCCAGGUGAAUCCAACCAACACUACAUUCCACAAAUCCACCGGGUCGAGUCUUUUCAGUUGGGGCAGAGAACAGUUCCAUCCCAAGAAGAAGCUCGCCGAGGCUCGAAGCCGAAUCAGCACUUUCUCCAAGAACGAACCCCCUCCCCCGCCAGCAGAACCCAGAAACAGAUCCUCUUCUCAUACGCACCUCGCCAGCUGGAAACGUGCCAGCGCCACAGACGCCAGUCCCCAGCUGAGUAGCAUCGGAUUCACUCCGUCCGUGACGACAACGAUCACUGGUGGUGCCCCGCCGCAGCGAAUCCAGCGACCAGCGACAGCGGAAACAGCUAGCAGCGGCCGUCACACUCCACGACAGCAGCAACAGUAUGAACCUGAUCCCCAAUUCGAAGCUGCGAUUGCGAACAUGAUGAUCUCCGAUGAGCCCAGGAGCCGCUUCAGUGCCACGACCUACACGGCAACGGAGAUCGGCAGCCAGACUCAAAGCCCGCGGGACAGCGGCAACUUCGAUACCCAGUCUACAGACGACUUCCCCUCGGUCAUGGCCCGAACACGCCCCGUCCCCGGCGGCAUGCCGAGUUCGAAAAAGCCCGUGCGCAAGCCUACCCCGUCUCAAAGUGGCCCAGAGCAGCCGCAGCCGGCUGAAGCCAUCGGCGAGCAGACGCCCGAAAAACGCAUUGCAUCAUUGGAAGCGAGACGGACCGACAUCCAGCGGCGCAGACACAAUCUGGAGACCAUGGUCCAUGAGUUGACCCAGGUCAUUCAACCCAGUUCCAUUGCCUAUGACCUGGCAGCCAAAGCCGAGGUCAAGAAGACCGUGUCCAGCAUUGAGAAUGAGAUUGCAGAUCUCAAGCGCGAGGAACAUGAGAUCGGCCUGAAAGUCGCUCGGGCUUGGCGACGCUUGGAUGAAACCGAGAACGCGGGUGAUGGCAGUUGUCUCUGGAUUAAGCGCGUCACCAGUUAA